CAAGGUCAUGGGGCCUAUUUGUUGAAGGGACAACUUGCUGACGUAUUACAGUGCACUGUCGGAAACAUCGCCUCUGGCCAAACUGUGAUGAUCAAAACCACAUAUGUCACGGAGCUUAAACAUGAUACCGAUUCUGAACAAAUACGAUUCAUCUUACCUACUGCCAUUGCCCCAAGAUAUGGAUCUCCGCACGACAAUCGAGUCCUAUUCACAUCACAUUCUACCGCAGUCAACCUUGAUGGAGAUUCUAAAGUUGCAAGGGUUACUUUAUCAGAUGUUACUUAUUUAGAAAAAGAUUUCAUAUUGAUCGGGGACAAUGAGUGGAGAGCCAUUCAAAAAGCGAUACAAACUCUCCAACUGUUGGUUCGUUCUCUUCCAGAAGGCUGUUAUUUUAAUGUGAUAUUAUUUGGUUCUGAUUACGAUUCAUUAUUCCCGCAAAGUCAACUUUAUUCCGAAGUCACUCUUACCCAGGCUCUCGAUCAUGCUAAAGCCAUGAGCGCCAAUUACGGCGGUACCGAAAUCCAUGAUCCACUAAAAUGGUCAUUUGACAGUUCUAUAUUCAAUAUGCAAACAUCCGUUUUUCUCUUUACUGACGGAACGUCGAGACAUUAG